UCCUCCUCCUAGUCCUCCCUCCCCGUUUUGGUAACCCCUCCCCAACCCCAAGUCUGAAAAAUCCUCCCCCCUACAGCUACUACUCGAACUUCCCUAUACCAUUCCUAUUUCUCCCUAUCGAUCGAUCUCUUUUGUUAAUGUUAAUUCUUGGCUUGGCGAUGAGAAUGUAGAAGGAGGAGGAGAAGGAGAAGAAGAAGAAGGAGAAGAAGAGGGAGGAGGAGAAGGAGACGACGACGAAGUACACUACUUGCACCUGCUACCUUCGUCCGGAAUGGCGGCGGCGACGCGCUUCGUAGCCGCGGUGGCGACGCUCCUCGCGCUCUUCGCCUGCGCCUCCGCGCUCCCCCGAGAAGCUGCGGCGCUCGUGGCGCUUAAGGCCUCCUUCAGCGACGCCGCCAACGCGCUUCUCGAUUGGAACCCUAGCGGCGUCGGCGUCGGCGGCGGCGACGGAGAUCACUGCGGGUGGAGAGGCGUCGUGUGCGACAACCUCACCUCCGCCGUCGUUUCAUUGAACCUGUCGAACCUCAACCUGGGAGGGGAGAUCUCGCCGGCCGUUGGGAACUUGAAGAGUUUGAUUUCUGUAGACUUGAAGGGGAAUAGGCUAACAGGGCAGAUCCCGGAUGAGAUUGGGGAUUGUGUUCCUCUGAAAUACUUGGAUUUAUCUGGGAAUGCGCUCUACGGGGACAUACCCUUCUCCAUUUCCAAGCUAAAGAACCUUGAGGAACUGAUACUGAAGAACAACCAGCUCACCGGUCCCAUCCCUUCGACGCUAUCCCAGAUUCCCAACCUCAAGACCUUGGAUUUGGCUCAAAACCUGCUUUCCGGGGACAUUCCGCAGCUCAUCUACUGGAAUGAAGUGCUUCAGUAUUUAGGCUUAAGAGGCAACUCACUCACCGGGACUUUGUCGCCCGACAUGUGCCAGAUGACCGGCCUUUGGUACUUUGAUGUCAGGGGAAAUAACCUCACAGGCACUAUUCCGGAGAGCAUAGGCAACUGUACCAGCUUUGAGAUCUUGGACAUAUCAUACAACCAAAUUACAGGGGAAAUUCCUUAUAAUAUCGGCUUCUUGCAAGUUGCUACCUUGUCGCUUCAAGGGAAUAGACUAACUGGGAAAAUUCCAGAAGUGAUUGGCCUCAUGCAAGCUCUUGCAGUUCUGGAUCUGAGUGAAAAUGAAUUGAUUGGGGUCAUUCCACCAAUACUAGGCAAUCUAUCUUACACCGGCAAAUUGUACUUGCAUGGUAACAAGCUUACUGGGCCAAUCCCUCCGGAGUUGGGGAACAUGACAAAACUAAGCUAUCUGCAGUUGAACGACAACCAACUAGUGGCUACUAUUCCUGCCGAGCUAGGAAAACUUCAAGAUCUCUUUGAAUUGAAUCUUGCGAACAACAACUUUGAGGGUCCCAUUCCUUCAAAUAUCAGCUCUUGCACCGCACUCAAUAAAUUCAAUGUGCAUGGAAAUUGUUUGAACGGUUCUAUUCCUCUGGGGUUUGAGAAUUUAGAGAGUUUAACUUAUCUGAACCUAUCUUCCAACAGUUUUAAUGGCAAAAUUCCCCUCGAGUUAGGUCGAAUUGUCAACCUUGAUACACUGGACCUCUCUGACAAUGAGUUUUCCGGGCCAGUUCCUGAUUCUGUUGGAGAUCUUGAGCACCUUCUUGAGCUGAACUUGAGUAGGAAUGAUCUCAGUGGGCCGGUGCCUGCUGAAUUUGGGAACCUAAGAAGUGUUCAAGUCAUUGAUCUAUCAUACAACAACCUAUCUGGUAAAAUCCCUGGAGAAUUGGGGCAGCUGCAGAACAUUGAAACCUUGAUUCUGAACAACAACAACUUGUAUGGAGAUAUACCUGCUCAGUUAACCAACUGCUUUAGCUUAACUUCAUUGAACCUCUCUUUCAACAACUUUUCUGGACAUAUCCCAUUGUCGAAGAACUUUUCAAGGUUUCCUCCAGAAAGCUUCUUGGGCAAUCCAAUGCUCUAUGGUUGCUUUUCACAAUCUUGUGGACACUCCAUCCGGACAUCAAGAGUUGCCAUUUCUCGAACUGCAGUUGUCUGCAUAUUUUUAGGCUGUAUCACUUUACUCUCAAUGACUAUGGUGGCAAUAUACAGAUCCAAUCAACCAACGCCCUUUGUUAAAGGAUCAAACAGAGCCUUUCAUGGACCUCCAAAGCUGGUAGCCCUACAAAUGGACAUGGCGAUUCAUACAUAUGAAGAUAUCAUGAGGCUGACAGAGAACUUGAGCGAGAAAUACAUCAUCGGCUAUGGUGCCUCAAGUACGGUUUACAAAUGUGUGCUUAAAAAUGGCAAGGCUAUAGCAAUUAAACGGCUUUACAGUCAAUACCGUCAUAACAUUCGCGAGUUCGAGACUGAACUGGAAACUGUUGGUAGCAUCAGGCACCGAAACCUCGUUAGUUUGCAUGGCUACUCACUGUCUCCUCAUGGGAACCUCCUCUUCUAUGAUUACAUGGAAAACGGUUCCUUGUGGGAUCUCCUUCAUGGCCCAUCAAAGAAAGUAAAGCUUGAUUGGGACACGCGGCUAAAGAUUGCUGUGGGGGCUGCACAAGGGCUAGCUUAUCUCCACCACGACUGUGACCCCCGCAUCAUUCACCGGGAUGUGAAGUCCUCUAACAUUCUUCUCGAUGAGAAUUUUGAAGCUCACCUCUCGGAUUUUGGUACGGCUAAAUGCGUACCAUCUGCCAAAACCCAUGCAUCAACUUAUGUUCUUGGGACUAUCGGUUAUAUUGAUCCGGAGUACGCACGAACGUCAAGGAUCAAUGAGAAGUCAGAUGUCUAUAGUUUCGGCAUUGUUCUUCUGGAGCUGCUCACAGGAAAGAAGGCUGUGGAUAAUGAAUCCAAUCUGCAUCAAUUGAUCCUCUCAAAAGCGGACGACAACACGGUGAUGGAAGCGGUGGACUCAGAAGUGUCGGUUACGUGCGUGGAUAUGGGUCUCGUGAGGAAGGCAUUCCAGCUGGCACUGCUGUCCACUAAGAGGCACCCGUCGGACAGGCCGACCAUGCAUGAGGUGGCGCGGGUGCUGCUCUCUCUACUGCCUACUGCUGCUUCGAGCUUGUCCAAGCCUUCUUGCUUAAUGCCUCCUGCUAAAGCAGUUGUGGAUUACUCGAAAUUCGUGGGGAACCAUCGAGGAGAUGCCAAUGAUGAUGAUAGUUCGUCUGACCGGCAGUGGUUUGUGCGGUUUGGAGAAGUCAUAUCUAAGAGCACCAUUUGAAGAUGGAAGGAUUUGGAUUAAUUAGAUAACAAGUCUUUUAAGGAUUGAAUUAAUGACCCAAUUUUGCUGAUGAUUAUGAUGAUGGUGUGUUGUAACUUUCGAAAUAUGCAUACUUGUAGAAUUAGGUUUAGUUUAUGAAUGUAGGUUGGUGAUCUAAUUUCGCAAGGAUAGUGCUUGAGAAUCUGAAAAUGAGAAAGAAAAGCAAUCUUCUUUUUCUUUUUUCUUU